AUGAGACUCCAGCUUCUCACUAACGUGCUCUUACUGGGUGGCACUCUUGUCACUGCCUUAGACCUUGCCACAGCGAGGGCCAAGGGCAUCAUUCCGAGAAGCCUACAAUCCCACGACAAGACUCGGCAGCACCCUCGAGAUGUACAGCACAGAACAAGUUACAUCUGGAACGGAGGUGAAGUCGCUGGGCCCCGUUUUGCCUCGGUCACGGCGGAGGUGGUCAUCCCAAACAUCACAUUCCCCUAUGGUUACAACUCCACCGCAUACUACAGCUCGUCUGUCUGGGUCGGAAUUGGCGGUGACCAAAACACGUGCGAUGACCCUGCGAGGGUCUACAAUGGAGGGCUCAUUCAAGGGGGUUACUAUUAUCUGUACGAUAAAGAGGGUGACUUUGGUGUCUUUGCUUUCUAUGAAUGGUUUCCUAACCCACCUAUCUUUCUGGAUGACACCCAGGGUAUCUUGACUGAUAUCGGAGAUCAUGUGCGCAUGACGGUGACACAAAAGGACAACACUACGGGGACAUUUACUUGGGAAAAUUUCACCCAAAAGAAGCGAUUUGACAUCAACCUCACCGCACCGGCCAACGGCACUCUCUGCACAAACCACGCAGAGUGGAUUGUCGAGAGCUUCAUGACGCCUCAAGAUCCUGACGCUUACUUUCCUGACUUUGGAGAGCUGACAUUUCACAAAGUCAAGGCGGUUUCAGAACAGGGCAAGAGGGCAUCGCUGGCUGAUGGUAUCAUCAUCGCUGCUGAGCCGAAGCUGGGUAGUGAUAGGGUUUUAACGAGUUGUGAGAUGGUGGACUCAGAAACUACCACGUGCAAGUGGCUUGGAUAUAAGGGCAUUUUUGACUAG